UCUCCUCAUCUCAUCUCAUCUGUUUCGUGAUCCUAUAUAUCUUUCUCUCCGUUUAUGGCGGACAUGACAGGGUAGAGUUAGUUUUUCUUCCUAGGGUUUGGUUCAGAUCUGGCGUUUCUAUUUCUGUCCUGUUCCUUUUUAGUCUUGUAAUCUCGUUUUUUUUUGGGUCGGGUCAAAUUUUACGGGAUCUGGGUUUGCUCGUAGAUAUCUGGUCAACGUCUUGUUAGGCCGAUCCGAACUGUAUUCCGUUUCGAGCACCUUUAUAAAGACGAUUGCUUUAUAAUUUUGAGUGAUCUGCUUUUCCCCUAGGCGAUUCGUGAGUUUGGGGUCUGAUUUUGGGGGGAAAGCUGAUUUUCCCCUUUUGUUUGAGACGCGUUGUUCAAGAUCCAUCUCAUCUUUCUCAUCCGCACGAUCCGAGGGGAAAUUAUUGAGAUCUUAUCAAGUGUUGUCUGUCGUUUUGAUUCUCGAAAAAGAGUACCCAGAAUUUUAGGUUAGGCGUUCUUCUGCAGAUCAAGGUGGUUCGAAGAUGAAUCGUUGCAGCCUUCAGCAGAACGCCUUUGUCUCCCGCGACGAAAUGAGGGGAGGAUUCGUUCCCAUCUCUGACCCGAAGGACCCCGUCGUUUGCCCUAUGCCCCGACGUGUCGGUAUACUCGCCAACAACGUCAUUCGACCGCUUAGAUUGCACAUGAGUCAAGCUUCCGAGGUGUGUGAUUCUAAAGCCGGGGCAGAUCUUCUGGACAUAAUCCUCAGAAAGGAGGAUUAUGGAACAGGGCAAUCGUUAUUGUCGGUGGCCUCAUCACCCCCAUUUUUUUGCGGGUCGCCUCCAAGCCGGGCAUCGAACCCGCAAGUGCAAGAUGCUCGUUUUGGAGACGAGAAACUCAACCCUAUCUCGCCCUCGCCCUUGUCGGCGGGUUUCCCGUCUCCAACAUCGGUGGUGGCACCACGUGGGAAGGGAGGUUGUGUUAGAAUGAAGUUCGGGCUGAAGCCAGCCGCAGUUAGAGUAGAAGGAUUCGAUUGCCUGGACAGGGACCGCCAAAACUCGAGCAUCCCUGCCAUGGCUUAGAAACCAAUUUCUAAGUGUACAUAAAUCCGGUAUUCCUAAGACCACGCCGUCGUCACCACCACCAUCAUCAUCCUAACAAUGGAGGAGAACAAUUUUUUAGCCAACAUUUUUGUUUAUCCUUGGAGAUCGAGGAGAGGAGGAGGAGGAGGAAGAAGAAGAAGAAAGAGUCUUGUUUAUAACUGAGGUUAGUAUAUGUGUGUGUGUAUAUAUACAAGUAUCUAAAAUGGAUCGGAGAAGGGGCCAAAUCUCUGUAACAUUUUGUUGGUAAGGUCCAUGUGUUCUUUCCUGAGUCUCUCAUUGUAAUAUAUAACCAGAAUUGGGAGUGUCGUCUCUGUUUUUUUUUUUUCUAUUCCGGCAAUGAAGGAAUAUGAAAUAUGUUUUGUUUCAAAGUCGUU